GCGCAGGGCGGGCGGCGCCCCGCUAUGGCCCUGGGUGCCGGCAGAAGCGGCGGCGGGGGGCAGCGGCGAACGGCGUGAGUGCGCCGGGGGCCGCCGCGCUGUAUGGGGGCGGAGGCCGGUCGCCAUGGAGGGCGUGCUGUACAAGUGGACCAACUACCUGAGCGGGGGAUGCUGAUUGCAGAACAGAGAAAAAUAGAGAGCAGAGACGGAUUGCACACACAGGCUGCUCACUUCUGCUUGGAAGCUGCCUCCCACGUGAUGCUUCUGCUGAACUCAAGCUGCAAGUCACACUUCUUGUUAAUCACACGCUCUGAUUAAUAAAAUAAAUUUCUUUACUCUUUGGAGAUCGCCUUGUAAAAAUGAGCUGGGAUUUUGAUUUCUCACAAGGGUUAUAGAACGAGCAAGCUGCUAUUAGCCAAAGGGAAACAGGGUGGAGUCAAGGAAUACCUUCCUGCAAUGAUGUGUGCAUCAGCUUGGCACUUUGAUUGAUUUUUCUACUGAAAUUCAAUUAAGUUCAGAUCUCCAGCAUAAGGCAUGCUUUACCUGGGUUAACUGGCCCCAGGCAGGACUGAGGCUGACUCUGGAAGGGAUGGGAUGUAUCAGGUCUUGGCUUGUGGAUCAAAGGCAGCUUAGUCAUUUGAAAGAAAACUGCUGACUGCCUCCACUGAUUUGCCUAGCAUUCUUUAUGUGCACAGGGAAGUGGCUUUCAUUGGUUCUACUUUUUCUAACCUUUUCCUGGUGUUUAAAUAUUCCCUUUGCUGAGUAACUCUAACCCUGCCUAAUUCCUCUUCCUUGAGGCACCCUCACAUUCAUGCCAUUGCUGGUGAUGCUGCAUCGCACCACAUACCACAGCUGGCUCCUCUCAUCUGCCUUUAUCGUUUGUUCACUGUAAUUUUAUUAUUACACUCUGAAUUCUUUUCAGUUUGUUCCAAGAUGCCAAGAGCCAGCACCAAGCAGUAGAUUUUAGGCUUCAUGUAAAGCUUGAAGUUCUCUUGUCUCUAAUGAUUCAGACUUCCCUAAGCAACUUGAGGGGAAGCUUUGAAACUAAUGCUCUUUCAAAUGUUUAAAGCUAUGGAUUCGUGGGUCUGUGGAUCUUUGGAUGCCACUGCUUAGAAUAAGUCUUUGAUUUCAGAGUUUAAGAAAUCUGACCUUUCAGGAUGGGGGAUUACAUACACAUCUAUUCAGUACGAAGCUCUGAAGUCCUCUGUUUCUGAAUUUGGAGGAAGUAAUUGAAAACUGCACAUUGAGUAAACAUUUGGUUCCCAAAAGCUUUUGUUUAUCAUUUUUUCCCCUCUUUUUGGCUCUGGUUAUAGUUCAGCUUCUGACUUCAUAAAAUGAGAAGGAAGGGCAGUGGUCCGACCAGCAUUACUGACCGUGGCUGCUGUCAGAUUGAGUGCUAGUCAGACCAUUUUGUGUAAUUGGUUGUGUGAUUUGACCUUUUCCAUCCAUUCUCUGCAGGCACACCUCCUUCACUCCCGUGCUUUUCCUUCACACAGCAAUCUUGCUUCUCUCAUACCUUUUUGGAAAUGAGCACCGUGCUUUGCAGCAGAGAAGUUGGAUGAGGCUGCAGGGAAGGCCAGCAGUGUCCCCUCUCUCUCCUCUGUAGGUGCGGGAGCUGCAGAGCAGCACAGCACUUCCCAGCAGGUAUGCUGCAGUACCGGUGCCUCUUCAUUCUGCCCUCCUGCACGGAAAUAAGCGAUCACAGGGAACACAAGCAGAAGGUGGGGCAGAAUGAUGGUAGAGAUUGUCUUGUGUGUUUUGGUAAAGUCAUCGUGUUGACUGCGGUUAGCAGGUUAACCACAGAACUCACAGACAGAAGCUGGGGAAGCACAAACAGAGGAGGGGAAUCCCUAGGUGCUUUUGAUAGGUGAAUGUUUUGUUGCUUAGGAUAACUUCAGUGUAUCUGGACAGGGAGCAGAUUUGCUGCACUUUUGCCUCCAUCGCUCUCAGCGAUCAGUCCCUUCUCUGCCCUUUGUCCUUUCACCAUCCCUUUUAAAAAUGCCUGGUUACUGGGAUGAUCCUCUCCAUUCCUCUCAAGGGUAGCUGGCCAUGGCUAUAGAGCUCAUUUGUGAAUAUGCGGACAGUGCUGCAAGUAUUGUGUUAACAGUUAUGUUUGGAAUGGGGCUGGAUUUUGUGAAACUUCUGCGUGAAAAAAACAUUUGGGAGAGGGUUGCUAUGUUUAAGCCAGUUCCAGCUGCUGUGUGCUUCACUUGCACCACUUUUCUCCCUUGAAAGAGUGAUGCAUCUGUGACAAAAAGUGAUACAGUGGUUCAAGUGCUAUAUCUGUUAAUUUCAGGGCUUUUAGAGGCUCUUGUUACUGCUACCUUUUGUUACCAUGCACAUCCUUGGUAGUAAAGUUGCAGUGCAGACAUUCCUGGCAGCUGCUCUCUAGGUGAGAGGAUAACAGCCCAGAGGUGUAUGAAUCAUGAUCCAUUCAUCUGCAUUUCUUCUGUCUCUCAUGGGUGGAUUUUUAUCCAGGCAAAUUGUUUCACUACAGAGUUAAGGUUGCAAAAUGCAUUCUGGUGCCUCAGGUUGUGCCUUCACAGAAUCCUUCCAUAGCCUCAGAAGGCUGUUUGGAAAGGCAGCAGUUCUGGUGCACAUAAUUUCUGUCAGGACAACCCAUUACCUGCGUUGUUUCUGCAGGGGAAAAGGGGGAAAUCUCGUAAGAGGUAAAAGAAAUCAAUUCUUAAGAUCAGAACUUUAAGAUUUAUCGUGUGUGUUCCUGGUAUUUGAGAUUGCAGACAAGUUGGGGUUUUGAAAACUCUUUUGUCAUUUGCAGUAUGAAGAUUUUUAUUGCCUUUCUUCGACAGAGGAAUCCAUGUCCUUCAGAUAUUAGUGUGUUAAAAUCAACAGUGUUGCUUGUGGGCUGACAUGGAAUGUUUGUGUUGUGCAGCUGAGGAAGUGCAGGGAGCUCAGUGCAGGAGGAAGUUUAUCAGCACAGCCUGGGACAGCUCAGCAAGGUGACAGGCAGCUGGAAAUAAGAUCUCUUGACUCAGUCCUGUGUUGUGACCAUUGGAGAUGCAUCCUUUAACUGGAAAACCUAAUGUUCUUCAUCAUUGGAAGGCAGGCGUUUUGCUGGCAACCUCGUUGGUUUCUUCUCUGUGGUGGUAUCUUGUCCUACUACGAUUCUCAGGAAGAUGCCUGGAAGGGUUGCAAAGGAAGCAUCCAAAUGGCUGUGUGUGAAAUUCAAGUUCAUCCUGCAGAUAACACACGAAUGGACCUGAUCAUCCCAGGGGAACAGUACUUCUAUCUGAAAGCAAGAAAUGCAGUUGAGAGGCAAAAGUGGCUGGUUGCACUAGGAACUGCCAAAGCCUGUCUGACAGACAGCAGGACACAAAAGGAAAAAGAGUUCACUGAAAACACAGAAGCCUUGAAGACUAAAAUGUCUGAACUUAGACUGUACUGUAACCUUCUUGUUCAGCAAGUGCAUAAAACUAAGGAAGCCAGCAUUUCUGCUGUAUCGGAACCAGAGAGUGGGAUUGACGUGGGAGCUCUGUUGAAAUCAACCUGUGACACCUUCCUGAAAACUCUUGAAGAAUGUAUGCAGAUUGCAAAUACUGCCUUUACUUCUGAGUUAUUACAUCAGACCCCUCCUGGAUCCCCACAUUUAGCAGUUCUCAGAACAAACAAGAUAAAACACUCAGUCUUGUCCAGUCACACUUCAACAGAAAGACAGAUGGAAUUGAACCCCUGUGAAAAUGGCUCUAUAAAAGCAGAAAAUAACCAGCAAGAGCAAACCCUUAUAAAAAGUCUAGCAUGUUUAAACUUGGAAACAAAUGAGAGGAGCAGUGAUGUUUCUGUUGAGGAUCACAUCGAAGAAGGUUCGGCAGUCAUGAAGGAAGAUGGAGAGAACAAGCUGCAAGCUGUAGAAAGCCUUGAUGCCCACAAGUUGCUGCAGACAGAAACAAAUUCUUUAAGUGGAUUGACUCUGUGUGAGGAAGAUGAAGAUGAAAAUGAAAAUGGGUUUCCUACUUUCUUCAGUGUCAUGAGCAAUAGGUUCAGUGAUAUUGAACUUCAGGAGGAAGAGGGAAUACCAACUGAAGAGUUUCUGGAGUCAUGUUAUGCAAUUGUGCCCGUUCUGGACAAGUUGGGACCAACUGUUUUUGCUCCUGUUAAAAUGGAUUUUGUAGGUAACAUCAAGAAAAUAAACCAGAAAUUUAUAACCAACAAAGAAGAGUUUGAUACCCUACAGAAGAUAGUGCUCCAUGAAGUCAGUGCAGGUGUAGCACAAGUUAGAAACUCUGCUACAGAGGCACUCCUAUGGCUGAAAAGAGGCUUAAAGUUCUUGAAAGGGUUUUUGACAGAAGUGAAGAAUGGAGAAAAGAAUAUCCAAACAGCUCUGAACAAUGCUUAUGGAAAGACAUUACGGCAGCACCAUGGUUGGGUUGUCCGUGGGGUCUUUGCGUUAGCUUUAAGGGCAGCUCCAACGUAUGAAGACUUCGUAGCAGCUCUGUCUGUAGAAGACUGUGAUCCUCAGGAGGAAACAUUUUACAGAGCAAUGCAGAGGGACCUCAGCAUUUACUUACCAGCCAUGGAAAAGCAGCUAAAUAUCUUGGACACUCUCUAUGAAGUACAUGGUUUGGAGUCAGAUGAGGUGGUAUGACUACAGUAAGACAGCGUCUUACAACUUCAGGGACUGUGUCUGUUAACAAAGAUUUUUUUUGAACAUCAUUUCUGUUCAUUGUAGCUUUUCAGGUGGGAGAGGUGUGAGUGUUUGGGGGGAAGGGUAUGUAUGGUUUUUAUUUCUUGUUGUGCUUGUUUUGUGUUUAAAUGCAGAGGUACAGUUUCUUUUUGGGUUAUAACUAUGUCUGUGAUGAAUGUUUUGGACUGUUUCUCACUUGCCUCACUCCCUGUUCCCUUCACCUUGUAAAAGUAACAGAGCAGAAUUUGCCCUUUGCUUCCACGCUUUGUGUGGGAGCUGCACAUGCAGCAGAGCUGUCAUGAUAUCCACAAGGAACCAAGCAGGCACUGCUGGCUCGGACUCUCCCAUGCCCUGUGCUGCCCACUCUAGCGAGCAUUAUUGUUACCUUGGUAGCAGAAGAGAAGGGUGGUUAAAUGCCAGCUUAAUAGGUAUGCAGUGAGUUUUUACCUUAUUUUGGGUUGAAGCUUUUGUUUGUUUGUUUUUGUUUUGGUUUUGGUUAGCACAGCAUCUCUACAAAUAUUAGAGAUCUUCACCAUGAGCACUUGUAGCUGGUGAUCUGAGCUUCCACAGGGAUCCAGCCGUGGAAACUAGCUGUUGUGUUCUGUCCCAGCUACCUGUUUGUGCCACAUUUUCUCUUCUGGCUCCUGACAGUGAGCCAAAUCUAAAGGAAAUUUCCCCUAGUGCCCUCCACAGCAAGAAGAUGCUCCUGCCCAUAUUGCUUGAGAUGAGCGUGCUGCAACAUAUAUUGCGGUGCAGGAAGGAAGAGUGUGUGCAUGACAAGAAGAGGGAAGGCUGUGAGCAUGGAGUGCCAUUCUGUCUGCACUGGUACCACCACUGUUCCCUCUGCUCCACGUUGUCCCAGUGCUGGUGCUGGUGAGCCGGAGCCUCAGCUGGUACAGACUGGCAGAGCCCAGCCAGUUUAAACAGCAUUUUACACAUGCAAUUGAAAAUACGUCCAUCAUCCUGGUUUACUAAGGUGUUCUUCUUUCUGUAUUUUGGGUUUAGGAUUUUUUUUUGAAAAUUAAAUUCACACAAAAAUAUAUUAGUUUUUAAACUGAAUACAGGUAGCAGUUUAAAAAGCAGAUUUCAUUGAAGUCCUUAGGUUGCUGUUAUAGUCCAAGACUUCAUGAAAGUGGGCAUGAAAUAGCAAAGCCUAGAGAAUGCUAGAAUUUAUCACUGAGUUGUUGCACAUUAUGCCAUUUGCAGACCUUAAAAUCUAAUAUUAUGCAGAAGUGGCUAGGAAUUAAGAAGGUAAAAUUUGCUUUACUGUUACAGAUAAAAGUGUGCUCCUAAUAGCACUGUUGCUAUUAGAAGUGAUAAAAAAGUCCUUUUAGAUUGUUAUACAUAAAUGGGUAAGGACCCAAUUCCUGCUUGUGUUGAAAGGUAGAACACUGUGAGUUACUUACUGCCAGUUCAAGGCAUAAGUGGGUUUCUCAGUAGUGACACAGGGCUUUGGAUAGCUUUGUCCAAAGAGCUGAGUCUAACUCAUGAGGAAAGAAGACUAAUGCUAAUGAGGUCCUUAAACUUGGUAAAUCCUCGUAAAUACAGGAGAAGUUUUGUUGUCAGUGUACUCACAGGAUAAAUACUGGCUAUUGCUAGGCUAAAAAGCACAUUCUGACUAAAAUGAAUGUACUGCAGGCCUGCUGCAUCAUUCUGAGAAGGCAGCCUCUCUGCAUACAUAAUACUUGAUCUUUUCUCAGGAGCCUAGCGUUGCAGGCUUUAAGAGAAACAUAUGAUGAGUGAAGAAAACACCAAAUGACACACUUGGUGCAUAAAGCAAGAUACUAGAACUGUAAUUGGGCAUUUAAGUAGUAUGACUUUCUUGUUCCUGUCAUCUUUUCUGAGUUGUGCUUAUUUAUAGUCCCUAUGUGUACCAGAGUAGAAUCAGAAGGAUAUAGGGUUUUUAGUUCUUGGAGUUUUCUUAUUUUAAUUAGUAUAUAUUUGUUUGAAUAUGAAGUCAAAACUUUUGACCAAAGCUCCAUUUAAUUAUUUCUCUACUUGCAGUGCUAAAAAUGAAGCAGAGAGCCUUUGAGAUAUGACUGUCUGCUGCUUAAAAGUAUGAAUGCAAAAAAAAACCAUAUCUACAGAACAACCAGCUCUCCUCCCCCUGUGGUUUCCUCAGCCUUUUCUGCUAUUAUGUGGGAAACUUUUCUGUGACAGGUCUUAGUGCUGCGAUAAGGUAACAGAAACCACAUUGCCACAGAAUAGGAGGGGUGUGUGGGGAGAGCAGGAAGAGAUUGGUCUUCACUAAAAAUUAAUAGCGAAAUCACGAUGAAAAUUGACUUUCCUUUUUUUACUUUUUCAGCAGCAGGAAAACAGGUCCAGCACUUAAAGGCUUAGGCAUUUUUUGCUUUUGUUUUAUUUGUUCUGUUUGUUUUUUUUUUAACUAGUGAGAGAACCACUGGCUUGUUAGAAGCGUGCCAAGCCCAGUAUUUGAUACAAGUAAAGAAGGUUUAUUUCUUAAGCAAGGAAUUAAACAGCUUCAUUGGGCCACUAGCUUCAGCAAUUACUAACUUCUGCAGUUCUUCUUUCUUCCAACAAAUAGGAUGUAACCUGCAGUGCAUAUUCUGUAAUUAGCAUGGCAUCCCACCCUCAGAGCAGGCUUUCUUGCCUUGCUCUCCUGUGUAAAGUUGGUCUUCCUAAACUAUGGAAUUGGUGCUUGGGAACAUUCUGUGAAGAUGGUGGCUUCAGGAGAUGCUGGUGUCCAUGUUGUUUAGGAGGAGACUUGUAGAGAUGGAAUUGAGCAAGGUCACCUUGCCUUCAAAACCCGUGCUGCUUCAUGUACUCUUCUUGCAGGAUGUUGAGCACUUUUAAGACUUGAGAAUGCUGUCUUUUCAAACCACCAUUGAGAAAUGCAGCAUGUUGCAAAGCUGAACUCCAAGUUAUACUUCUAAGGAUGCAAUAGACCAGAUUGUUACGCAUAAACGAACACACAGCUAGAUGAUUAAUUUCUCAUUUGGCAAGCAUAGAAGAUGGUUCUUAUUUUUAGUAAUUGUAGAGGACAAGCAACUAACUUUGGCCCUCAAAUUUAGAAUUGGAGAAGAGGUAGGUGGUUUUUGUUUGAGUUAUUUGGCUCGUUGAUUAGUGGUGGUGGGUUGGGUUUCUUUGUCUUUGUUUAGUGGCUGACAUUUAUAAACAACUGGCCUGUAUACAGAUAGCAGUCUCUGUGACUCUCAGAUAACAGCACCCUUGCUCUGUAUACUCUACAUGAACUGCUUUAAUUUCUUAAACUGCACUAGUCUGAAGUUUUUGUGUCCCUUUCCUUUAGAAGUGCUUUCAGCUGUCUUCUUCAAUGUCCAACAGUUGCAUAUUCUCAGGGAUAUUACUUAGCCAUGGCAAAAUAAGAGUAAUCACAGCCUUACCCUAGGAGAGUCAGACUGCUUUUUGAGAAAUAAGUACAGCUGGCUAUAGAACUCUGAUGCAGCUCAUGACGUGGACAAAGUCUGUCCAGUGCACAUCCUUGCUGAGACAUGGUAAAUCCCAAAGCAAUCUGAAAAAAAGUGCUAUCUAGUGCUGAACAAUGGCUGUCAGCAUAUUGUAGUAGAGAUCAUACACACAUCUUUGUAAUGCAGUGCUGUUGGCAUUAGAGCAGAGCUCCUGAGUGGUUUCAGUUGAGUUCUGCUUAGCAAUGGGAGGCUUUUAUUUAUUUUAUUUAUUAUGUAUUUCUUUUUAAAACAAACUAUGUUUUGAAGCCCCCUCUGCUAUUUUAAGAUGCUGCACUCAGUUGCAUACAGAAGUUCUCUGACAUUACAAUUGUAGAGUAUGAAGUGCAUACUCAAGAGCUUUAGCUCUAAGGUCUCAUUGAAACAUUUUGUCUUGAUACUGUUCUAAUAUGAGUCUCCCUUCAACAAAUGCACUUAAAGUUAAGGACUGUAUACCUUUGCUGAUGAGUUUUUUGUAAAACAUCGUCAGGAUUGAGGUUGCAGUCAUUUGCUUUCAAAAAGUUUCAUAGAUUGAACAUUGUCGCUUGCUCAGCUGCCCAUAUAGAAGUAUGCCCAAAAUGUGCUCCAGUUGUUCGUGAUGUUCUUUGGCAAAGGGAAGUGGACCUCUAUAGAGAAUGGUAUUACCUGUGUGCUUACCCUGGAGCCUCUCACCGUCUCUUUUUAUCAUUGAUUCAGCUUUUGUGAAAAGCUUUAAAGACCCCUAAGCUCUAGACAGCAAAAAAGAUCAUUAGCAUAUUCCCACCUUACUAUCUUUCCUCUUCCCCACUUGUUUCCCACCCCUUCCUUUCCUCCCAUUUGUCACCUUCUUUGCUGUCAGAGCUGUUGCUGUCCAGCCAAAGCAUCUCCAUAGCAGUGUGAAGUAGGAGGUUUUAUAAGUCAUUAAAUGGGAAACUUUGAAAAGCAGAUCUGAAUUCUGUGGCAAGGACAGAGUCAGAUGGAGAAUGUGCUGCUUUUCUUUGAAGCUUUGCCCUGGUUUGAGAUACUCUGCCAGGACAACCAUGCCAAUUUCACUGAUGAAAUUUAAAUUGGGACUUUUCACAAUUGGCAGCUCUACCUCUUACGAGUGAAAGCACAGGGUUUUGUAUUUUUAAUGGGCUUAUUUCUCUUCUCUUUGCAUGCAUAGUACUGAUAACAAAACAGAGAAGGGGGAGAACUCAUAGCUGAUUUCCUACCUUUUUGCUGCCUUCAGUAACCCCUUGGUGAGCAAACCCUGCACAGUUUGAUGUCCUGCAUCACCCAUGUGCAGUGGCGACACCGGAGCACGCUCUCCGCCUCUGAGCAAACUCAUUCAGGAGCUCAUCCUACUCAGUUCACCCAAGGAAUUAAGCACUUGCUUUGAAGUUUGAACACAGGCAUAUGUUUCACUGACAGACUUCUUAUACUGGCGUGCAUUUCUUCGAAAUGUAGCCUUUCACUGGCAUCUGUUAAUAUCCCUUUCUUGGUAUAGUAUUCUGUGUGCGUGCACCCCCGUACUCUGGAUGUGCUAAAGACUCUUUUUUAAAACCUUGUGUGGAGCAGGAAUCAGGACAUGGAAACAAGGAAGUUUCACGUUUGCUUACUUUAUUGCACAUUGCAGCGUUUAGGGGUCUCAAGUUUAUUCUUCGAUUCCUUCGUUUAAAGCCACCUUGAAAGUUGGUGAUUUUUGUCUACUCGAAACAAAACAAGCAAAUUGCAUUCCGGAAUACGGUGACUGAACUGAAAACCAAAGCAGCUUGCUUUUGUGGUUUCCAUUUCUAUUUCCUUGCAUUUUUCAAUCCAGUUUUGGGCAUUCGUUUUAUUAAUGUCAAACUGAGCUUACAGUGAGCCUUACUGAGAUGUGAGAUGAAGAGAAGGUAUAUUGCCUCACACUUUAAAUUUAAUUCUAAGGGCUUGCUCAUGCCCCAGAAAUCACCUCCGCCAGCACAAGCAUUGCACAAAUUGUGCUGUCAUAAGCAGCUCAAUCUUGAAAUACUUUGGAGUUUCCAAUCUGCAUCGUCUCUCACGAUACAGCGUCUGUUGUUGUUUGGUUGGGUUUUUUUUGAGUAUUGUUAAGACCUUUGCCAGACUUUUUUUAUUAUUUCAUUGUAAUAAACUUAUUUUAAAUAA